AUGUUGACGCAUUGCAGCCGAAAACAUCAAGCAGCCAACCAGAACUCUGGAAACGGCCAGCCAGCCAUCUCAUACCAACUAUCAACAAAGUUCUCGCCCAUUACUCUCGGAUCCUUUUCUGGAUGGAAAACGAGGAGACACAGUCACGCGCGCUUCUGUUCAGGAUCCGAUGCAAACCAGUACGAAGGAGGGGUAAAGGUGCCGGCUGGGAAGUGUAUGGUUGGACAAGAACGACGCUGGACGACACACACCGACAAGAAUCCAAGUGGAGAAGAAGCAUGUUGA